AGUCGCCUUGUUCUUAAACCUCUAAAACACCACUAUCUAACGCUCGAUGAUGGAUGAUCGAUUUAUGCCACUAGUUAUCUUCCUGAUAAUAAACGAACGUGUGUUGUGGACGCGUUUUGUUGUCAUCCAUCUAUCUCGAACUGCCCGUUACCCGUUAAAUCAUCACUCUAGAAAGAUUGUUCCUCUAUUAUUUAUGCUCCAACAGCACGUAGCACAGCGCGGAUGACAGCGCUUUUGUCAUGUGUCCCAGCUUCCGAUCGUUAGAAUUCGUAGAACAAUCUGUUGAUAGUUAACGACACUCAAAAACUGCAUCAUGUUUACUUCAUCCACAAUGCGCUACAUCCGAUCGCCAUGCUACCGUGAUUGAUAUACGGCCAUCUGUCGAUCAUAAUUUUGCUACACUUUACCGACCAAGGUUAAUUCGUUGGGCGGAGGGUGGCUGUAUGCAUUGGAAGUGUAUCACGUCUCGCCCGUAACGAAACAAUAGCAUACCGUGAUGAUGUGAUGGUAACUAGUAGCCUUAGCCGAUACUAACAUCUCGUGAGACGCUGUUCCCGGUGUGCCUACAACGCACAUCCAACGCAAACAAUCGACACACGUAUUUGACUCAAUUAAGCGAAAUUAAAUCAAUUAACCGACUUUUCGCUUCUCCACCCUGGAGUCUCACAGUUACGAAGAUGCUCCCCCUUUUUUUUGGGGCGACGCUAAGUUGAGAAAUUUCCCAGUUUACGCAAACCAUGAUGUGGGGCAGCAAAUAUUGAUCUUCACAGACAGACGUCUCACAGACACACGAGUGCGUCUGGGUCGCUGGGUGGAGCAAGCCGGAGUACAUUGGAAAAAUAGAUCGUACAGUUUUUCUCGACCUUCGGACAUCAGCGAACAAGUUCUAGCGUGGGGCAGCGUAUAGUUAAUGUCCAAACUUUCCUAACCGAUCGACACCGACACUAAUUGGGUAGUCGGACCGCGUAUUCGGAAGUUAAUAAUAUUUAUUGUGUUUUUGACCGUUUGCCGAGCGCGCAACCGCCAGUCCGACAGUCAAUUGGCGUUUCCGGUGCAUUUAACAGGAUCGCGAAUGUCGAAUGUCACGAAACCGCUCGUACGUGCCGUUGUGUAGUGUUGGCCUUUUUUUUCGGUGUGUUACGUUAUUUUACGCUUCAUUGAACAAAAUGCACGCCAUUGAGCAGUAAACUAGAAAGCACGUGCUACGGAGAAGAGAAGACAAAUCGAUGCAUUAAAGCUGUAAAGUUUAAACAUAUGCUUGAUGUCAUCGGUGCUAAUUAGUUGUCUGCACCGGUUGGGUAUGGCUUAAUUAGUUCAGUGCAAUCAAAGCUACAAAAUGCGAUCCACUUGAUGGAUAUAUUAUGUGCAGUGCAUCCGGAUUGUUACUUGAGUGCGUUCACAUGCGAGUUUAUACAGCUUUAAACGAUGCCACAUAAAAUGCAUCCGAUCGUACGCACACAAACUGGCGUAUCAUCCGCCACCAAGCAGACCCUGACCCUGACGGCCAUCUUUAUGCUAACGCUCAGCUAUGCAAACGGCUUCGCAACGUUACCUACGGAAUUGGAUCGAACCCAGCGAUGUCAGCUCGAGCGCACGUACAAAAUGGUUGGCUACAAUUGUGCGAAUUUAAAUCUGAAGGAAAUUCCACAAACGCUCAAGUCCAGUCUGGAGAUAUUCGAUCUCAGCUACAAUCGGAUCCGAGAUUUAACUGUCCAAUCUUUCGCCCGCUACGGAGCGGUCAAGUAUCUGUAUCUGUUUGAGAACAUGAUCCAAAACAUUGAUGAAAAUACCUUCAGUUCCCUCACAAACCUAGAGGCCAUCGAUCUUUCGUAUAACGCCUUGAAAAGUAUACCACUGGAACUGUUCCAGCUACCCGUCCUGCGUAACCUCUAUGUUAGCCACAAUGCACUGUACGAGCUGGAACCCACAUUAGUAAACCUUGAAAAGCCUAUCAAAGCUCCGCUGCAGGUACUCGGACUAGCGGACUGCCGAUUGCAGCGGUUACCAAACUUUGGAGUCCUUCCUGACCUGUGGCAGUUGAACAUAUCCUCCAACCCGAUGAAAGAACUCACGCUGGCCCAGUUCUCGCCCAUGUGCAACCUGAAAACGGUCGAUCUCAACAACACACAGAUUCCCAUCUGCGCUUGUCAGGUGCUAACGGCGGAGCUCGUUCUUCGGCGAACCAAAAUUAUGUAUCCGCCAUUAUACUGCAUUCCGCUAACAUCGUCAGAGCAAAACCUCUGCAAUGCCGAAGCGGGACUAGAGAUCGAUGCGGGCCAGGUAGCGGAUUUCCAUCUGUGUAUGGAGAUCCGAAAUUCACGGCAGCUCGAUACGGAAGCCAAAUCGACGUGGAUGAAGAUAUCGGCUGCGGUGGCCGGCUGCAUCGUACUGUUCGCCACCAUACUGUUCUGUUUGCAUCGGCGCAACGCGAAAAAGCUGAGAGCAAAACGAAAUCCAAAAAAAGCACUAUCGAAAAACAUUAACCGUGUGAUGGUGCCACAAACGGGUGCCCAGGAAGAAGUGCCCACGGAACAUGCCAAGUGUGAUAAACUGUUGAGCGAAUGUGAUUAGUGACGCACCUGUUUUCAAAGCCAUUUCAUAAGACUAACAGCAAGAAGCCGCAAGAAUUAGUUGAUAAGAUACACUGUACAUAGCCGUUAGGAAUUAUUUAGAAACAAACUGUACACCGAUUUAACGACACACGUUGCCAUGAAAUAACUUAAGAACUCUGUUUAGGUAUCGAUAGUAGUUAAUCGUUAAUAAACUACAUCUACAUAGCACAUAUUUGAGUAAAAUAAUUAAACAUGUAUCAACGAAAAAUGGCGACCGGAACCGAAUAAAACGAAACGUGCCAACCUUUCA